AUCUUGAUUUCUUCUUCUUCCGUCUCUAUAAUCGCACGUAUAAAUAAGUUUUGGACGCCAAGAAAAUAACAAAAUACGCACUUGGAAUAACAAAAUAAACGCAAAACAAUGGCCGAAUUCUCAGUGGAACGCGUCGAGGACAAGCGAACGGUGAACGGGCGCACGGAAUACUACUUGAAAUGGAAGGGCUAUCCGCGCAGCGAGAACACCUGGGAGCCGGUGGAGAAUCUCGACUGUCCGGACCUGAUAGCCAACUUCGAGGAGUCGCUGAAGAACAACAAAAAGGAGACCAAGAAGCGCCUGUCCACCUCCUCCACACCCGACUCCAUUCGCAGCAAGCGCAAGAGCUUCCUGGAGGACGAUACCGAGGAGCAGAAGAAGCUGAUCGGCUUCGAGCGCGGUCUGGAGCCAUCAAAGAUACUGGGCGCCACCGACUCAUCCGGCCACCUGAUGUUCCUGAUGAAGUGGAAGGGCAGCGAUCACGCUGACCUGGUGCCCGCCAAGCUGGCCAACAUUCGCUGUCCCCAGGUGGUCAUACAGUUCUAUGAGGAGCGCCUCACCUGGCACACGGGCAGCGGCAACGGCAAUGGGAAUAGCAAUUCCGGCAACUUAGGAUCCUCCGGCGGCCUGGGCUCCGUCGGCGGCAGUGGGGCCGGCGAUGAUACCGCUCCCGGCAGCGUGGGCACCACCGGUGGCGGCAGCAACGCAGAUGGCGGUGACGAGGAGGAUCCCGAACCGGCCAGCCCCGUUGGCAGCAUUAAUCAGGACGACAGCGCCAAGCCGGACGAGAGCAGCGAGCUGGACAAUGGACAGCCGGAUGCAGAUGACUAGUUGAGUGGCAGACACAGAUGACUGUUCCGGAUUACCCGCUUAUGUGGAUACAUACACACCGGCUUUAUACGAUAUGCAUACUUCGUAGCGUAGCCCUUAAGAUACAAAGAAAAAUGGAUAAGCUGAAGUUCUGGCGGGAGUCCGCGGUAGUAUAUACUUAAUCUAUAAGUUGAACUGUACAAUUUUUUUAAACAUUUACCAUUACUUUUGAACCCCAUAAAAGUUGUAUAAGCACAUAACACGCAUUUAACCGUAUGUGUUAGAAAGGACUUAUGAAGAGCGUACCGAAGGACCAACCUUCUAUUCAAAACAUCAUUUAAUUUCUUGACCACUGUAAAGUCAAAAUAAUCUUAAAUUUAAAUUGAAAAUUUUUUUCCGCGGAAAUCAAGAGACGCCAAUUGUGCUGUCCAACUGGCGCCUUUGUGGCCAGCUUUUUUUUUUAACCCAGGCAGUUAUUAAGUUCCUUAUAAUCCUUUACUUUGCAUAUCAUUAUGUGUUACCUUGUGCAGCCAUUAAACUAAAGCAUUUAAAACUACAAAUGUAGAUUGUUAAGACACAAACAUUUUUAUGAAUAAAACGGAAUUGUGCAA